AUGGCUCCCGCAAUCUUCAGCUCCGUCAUCACCCACCUCUCCUCCCGGACCCCGGACGCCGCCGCUCUCGGCCCGCUGGCCGCCCGCGCCGUCCUGACAGCCCGCGACGGAGGCAAAGAGCCUGACCCGGAGCGCGGCAUCCUCCACGCGGGCGACAUCAACAACAACGCCCUGUUCGCCCUGUUCGGCAUCAUCGGCGCCGCCUUUGUCUGCCUCGGCAUCUGGUUCUUCUUCUGGGCCAGGAACGGCGGCUUCUACUUCAAGGAGAACGACUGGGACGACUACAAGUCGACCGUGCUGCGCCGCAAGGGCCCCAACGGCACCAUCCUCUCGGGCGCCACGCCCUCCACCCAGCUCGGCGGCGGCAGCGUCUACAAGGACGUCGACGACGGCAGCACCGAGGCCGACAACACGACCGUCGUCACCGCCACCACCGACUCGACCGGCCUGACCGGCAUCACAGGCGGCGUGAGCGACUUUGCGGGCCGCGAGAAGCGCCGCAGGAAGCGCGAGCAGAAGGAGCGCGAGAAGGAGCGGCGCCGCGAGGACAAGGCCCGCGAGAAGGCCGAGCGCAAGAACCGCGAGAAGACGGGCCGCCACGUCAACGAGGAAGGGGUGCUGGUCGACGAGCACGCCGAGGCCGAGGCCAAGAGCCACCUGCGCAAGUACCGCCACGAGAAGCCGGCGCGGGUGGGCGGCAUCAACAAGGAGGCCGAGGGCAGCGCCUGGGACGGCUCGACGAACCCGACGCACUCGACGGCCUCGGCCACGGAGAGCACCGUCACGUCGGACCUCAUGAGCAACCGCGAGCGCACGCCGACGAGCACGCCGACCAAGAAGAGCGCCGGCGCCGGCGGCAUCCGUAAAGUCUACUCGAGCGCCGACCGCACGGCCGAGCGGGAGGGCGAGCGCAUCCGGGCCGAGGCGCGCCGGCUGCAGGAGAAGGGCCGCGCGAGCAAGAAGGCGGGCACGGCGUCCAACUCGGCGGCCGGGGCGGCGGCGAGCGGAGGAGGAGCCAGGCGCGACUUUAGCUGGCAGCGGGCGGACGACAGCGCGGGGCUGGGCCGCGUCGAGGAGCGGCCGUACUCUCGCGGCGGCACCACGGUCCCCGGCUCGUGGGCCGAGAGCGACGUCGGCGUCGACCGCCCGGACACCUCGCACGGCACCAAGUCGUACCGGUGCGUCAUCCCAGGCCUGUCGUCGAGCUCGGCGGUCGAGUCGGCCACGGCGUCCGAGGCGGGCAGCACGGCGGUCAGCGACUUUGCGUACCAGGACGAGAAGAGGAAGAAGAGGGGCGGCGCUGGCUACCGGCGGAACAGGAAUGGGAUGGAGUAG